GAGGAAAAAAAAAAAAAAAAAACGUCCAACACACACAGAGACACAAAAACGAGAGGGUGACAGAGAAGGCUAUAUAUAUCCAGGGAUGGAUAAAUUCCCGUCAACAAUGGUCCACCCACAGUCUUUACAUACCCUCUUUUGAUCUUCUCUCUUCUUUUCUGUUUUUUCGCCGUUCCCUUUUACUUUCCGUUCCAAAACAAAAACAAAGGGAAAAGAAAUUAACAUCUCCAGGUAGAUUUCCUUUCCAUUCUCUUUGUUUUUCCCGAACACAAGAGAAAGGGGGCCUCUGACUUUGAGCCAGCUUAUGCCAUCUUAGCACAAAGGCUCCAGGAUGGCCACCAGCUUUGAUUAUUGGAAUGACUGCGUUGAUGUCCAGGACAUGGAAGCAAUGUGGCAGGAACCUGAAGUUAGCACUGAAUGGUUAGAUGCUGGAGAGACUAAAGGAAAUAAAGUUCACCUUUCACGGGAUCCCGAUGGAGAGCCUUAUUUGACGCAGACUGAGAUGAAGGCUGUAGCUGAUAUCAUUGUCCGAAGACAUUUUGAUUCACAGAUACAGCAGGAUAUGAUAUGUGCUGUAGCUGAACUUGCAAGUGAUAGACAGCCCCUCUCUACACGGUGGUAUGAUAAGAAAACUAAGGAGACAGCCCUGGGGAUCAUGCAGAUUUUACCAAAAACAGCAGAGUGGCUGGUCAGGGAAUUGGGUUAUCAGGCAUAUGAAGUAGAAGGGAAUCCAGAUAUUCUAUAUCGACCUUUUGUUAGCGUCUAUUUUGGUGCUGCUUAUAUUAAAUGGUUAUCGAAAUUCGAAGAAGAAGAAAGAAGUGAAGAGUUCGUAGUUAGGGCAUAUAAUGGUGGUACUAAAAAAGCAACUCACAAAUCAACUUUGCAAUAUUGGAAACGGUACCUUUCAGUCAAAGAAAGUCUCCCAUCCAGAAGAUUUGUCGAUGAAGGUCCUUCACUAAACAAUGCUCAUUCUUCAACUGCUCAAGCUGCACCUGCUACACAAAAUACAAAUGCACCUUCUUCAGAAAAAACAGGUGUUGAUUAUAUAUAUUGGGACUCUAAAGCUUCCCCAGAAGAAAUGCAAGAGAUGUGGAGUUGUUCUGAAGUUGCAAAAGAGUGGACGAAAUCUGGAGAAAAAAGAGGAAAGGUGCGCUUUUCACAUGACAGGGACAUGAAACCAUAUCUAUCUCGGGUAGAAAUGAAGGCAGUUGCAGACAUAAUUCUUUCAAAACACUUCAGUACAAGGGGAGUUAAACCUUCAGUCAUUUGUGCUCUUGCUGAGAUGGUGAGCAUGCGUUUUGUGAAUGGGGUUGGACCGCGAAUCGGAUUAAUGGGAAUCGACUACUCUACAGCUUUCUGGCUUUACAUGGAAUUGGGUUACAGGGCUUAUAGAUUAGAUUCCGCUGGUGAUCUGACCAAGCCAUUUGUGUCUAUGUACUUUGGUGCAGCCUAUUUGGCCUGGUUAUCGGAAUAUGAAGGGAGGGAAAGAACUCCACAGUUUGUCGUUCCAGCUUAUCUUUCUGGGCCAAAGAACGUGAACCAUCAAGAGACCGGUCCCCUUUGGCUUAAAUUCGAGCAAGCUUUGAGCAAUUAUGAAGACAUGAAGAGGGAUCCUGGAAAUUGCACCAUCCUGUAAGCUGACCAGUGAAGUGACGCCAUCGUUCAAAUUGUGCUGAGUGAUGGAUAUUACUGCUGUUAUAGAAGAGCAGUGAAAUGAGUGAAAAGUUUAUUUUCAUAACUCAUUUACAUUAGAAAAUACGAGGGCAGAUCCAAGCAUUAGGGAGAAGAAAGGCUAGCUGUAGCUCCUGUCCUUUUUCUGGUUUCCGAUACACUGGAUUGAGUAAUGGAACAAUCUUAUAUUAUGUUCCUCUCCAUCUUACAAUUACAAUAACAGGGCAUUAGGAGUCAAAGCUCGAGCCCCCCUCCAACAUCAUUUACCCAUAGUAACUGUCUAAGCAAACUGCAUGUGAUUAAAGAUGAUUAUUUAUAUUUGAACUUGCAUAUUAUGCUUCAAAUUCCAA